ACACUACACGCUCAGACACACCAUGGAAGGAAAAGGGCUAGUGGCUGAGCUGCAGAGAGCUGCUAUCUGCCCCGUCUGCAGGGGUCACUUCAAGGACCCAGUGAUCUUGGACUGUGAUCACAGUUAUUGUCGUGCCUGCAUCACCCGUUAUUGGGAAGAGGCAGCCGCCUCUGGGAAGGGCCCGCGGGUGCUGUCCUGCCCUCAGUGCAAGGCAGUCUUUGAGAGGAAGAAUCUUCGAACCAAUGUCAAGUUGGCCGUGGAAGUCAAGAUCACCCAGCAUCUCAAUGCCAAGACGGCUGAGGUGCCCCUUGCCCCCAAGAUCCGGAGGCGUCGUGGAGGGUGGAUACCCGCUACCAGCAUCCAGCAGAAAAAGCAGGACAUCAGAGAAGUCUGCAGAUGCUAGUACGGUUCUGAUGCCCUCCCAGACAUGAAUUUGCUGGACAUUCAACAUGAAGCCGCUCCAACCAUCUUGCCAAGAGCUGAGAGAGUCAAUACACGGGGGAAGCAGGCCUUCUCUGGAGCAGAUUACUACAUGGAGGAGAGCUGGAUUCUGAGGAGGGGGAGCAGCAGAAGAUUCUGGGCCUGUAGCCAGGUAUGAAGAUCUGCACGUCAGAACAGAGCUGCAAGAGUUGGAAGGGAUCCCCCCAGCAAUUUUAAAAAAGAGGGAAAUGCCAGCCCUCAAGCCUUCAGAAGCUAUGGACUGUAAAAAGGAAACAGCAUUCACUCUAUGGCAAGAUUGCUCCUUUUCUUUGAGACUUCUUUGCAUCUUCUGUGACUGAAUCCUGUCAACUGAAGACUUAUUCCAGGUCUCCACUUGAAUGUAAGCCCUGCCCCAGUUACCAGAACAGACUUUGGUUGGACUGAAUCAGGGAGGUUUUGCAUAACGCCAAAACCAUCAAAUCGGCUUCCUGGGAAAAUCUUACGCUGGUACUUGCCAAGAUGCCAUUUGGUAAGGGAGAAGACUUCAGUACAAGAGAUGACGGGCAUUAGCAGGGGGCUGUUGGGCCUUGGAGACGAACUGCUGAUUUCUAGUUUAUAUUGCAGAUCCCACACAGUGAGCUGGUUGUUGAUGGCUCCUAUGUUUGUGAUUUUGCAAAAUACAAUGUAUGAAGGGAGUUCAGUCUUAAUGGCUCCGCUUGUGAUUCCUACAAUUCAUGGGCUAAUUGUGAGCCACAAGGGAAAGGCAGGACACAAAGGUUUUAAUAAAUGUAAUGAAUAAAUAAAUCUCUAUUAGCACCCUCUACCAUUUGCUCAUCUGUCUUAACAAACAUUUAAAAUUAUCUGUGCAAAGGUCACAUUUCUUCCACAGUCUUUGUCUACUGUAAUCUCAGGACUGUUUUAAAUGUUGGGAGGCAGAAAUGAAAGUGGCUUUUAAAUAUAAUUUAGUGUUCACUGAACAUCAAAUUGCAUUUAAGUGCAUGGUGUAAUUAUUCCUUAAACGAUUAGUCUCAUUUUUCAAGUAUCUCUUUUGACUAUAAGGUUGCCAUUCUCCAGCUGGGGCCUAGAUUUCUCCCAGGAUUAUAAUCGAUCUCUGGAAUAUGGAGAUCAGUUCCCCUGGAAAAAAGACUGCUUUGGAAUAUGGGCUCUGUGGCAUUAUACUCUGUUGAGGUCACUCCCCUGGCUCCAUCCCAAGGAAUUUCCCAAUCCAGAGAUGGAAAUCCUACUUUGAUAACAGGGUAGACAUUUAGACUGGGGUGGAUGCUAGGAUAGCAAAGAAAAGCCCCAUAUGCCAUUGAUGCUAAUCAGUCUCUAAAGUUAAGCUAAGCAUCAUUCUAGACAGAAAUGGGAAGACUCCUUUUCUUGCCCUCCUCAUAUAGAGUUCCCAACUGCCAGGAGAAAAAGUGUCCUGUCCCUUUAACAGAGGCUUAAUGAGGUGUUAUUUACCUCAGUUAUGAAAACCUCAGCUUCCAGUUUUUACACGGUAAGCCUUUAUUAAAGGGGCAGGUCAUUCCGCCCCCCCCCCAAGUCUGUUGGCAGCCCUAUCCUCAUACCUACAAAGAAAUGUCAUUAACACAUUUCCUUUUCCUGAAACCCAUCUCCCCAAUAUAUUGUGCUGUUUGUGACCUGCAUGUGGAAGAAAAGGCAGUAUUGUGGUGCAGUUAACACUGCUUAGUUUUUAUUUGUUGUGUACCGAGUAUCAAUGUUUGUUUUUUUGUAUGUGCUUAUCUAUUGUAGUCCUUUACUGGAAUGGACUUACAGCUGUAAAAUUCCAGGUAAAUAAAAGCAACAUUGCAAAGGAAA